GUUGCUCCAUUCUCAAGAGGCUUCGUCCAACGCCAAUGGCAGAACUGGAAAGGCCGCGUCCAAGCGCGCCUGGGUACGUUGCAGAGGUCCCAGCGUCAGCGCCACCUCUGGAAGCUCCCGAUGAGGCCGAUGCGCCCUCCGCCCCGCCGGCUCCGGUGGAGCAAGCUCCAACUGCCGCCGCUGCUCCGGCAAGGCGUCCUACAACCUUGAGUGCACAGGAGCGGCGAGAGGCAAGCAAGCCCGGGGAGCUCUAUUCGAUCAUAGUAGCAUCAGAGCAUUUGGAGUCCGCCUUCAUUCGUGGCAGCGUGUCGAAUCAGGACUAUGAGCGCGAGUGCAAUUUGUUGCUGGCGCAAUUCAAAACCUUGAAGACUGGAUUGAAAGACAAGUGUCCUGACAUUCGUGCUUUUGCGAGCGAGCACGGGCUCCACUGCCCGUUGGCAGAAGAGAGGCUGCUGGGGACCGGCGUCGCAGCCACGGCCCUUUUUGGAGGAACUGCCGAGGGCGGAAAGGAAAGCCUCGCUUGCUUCAAGGCAUCCGAGGGCUUCAUCACUUUGCUCGAUGCCGUGAAGCUGAACCUCACCGCAGCGGAUGAGCUGCUGCCUUUGGUGCGGGAUUUGCAGGCGAGCAUCGUUGGCAUCCCCAACUUGCCGCCCCUGCCUGGCCUCGAGCGCAUCACAGGGUGGCUUGUCACCCUCAAUGGCAUGCGAGCGUCCGAUCAGAUUACAGAAGCACAGAGUCGCCAGCUUGCGCUGGAUGUGGAGCAGGCGUACACCUCGCUGAAGAACUGGCUGCAUGAAAAAACCUGAUGGAAUCGCUGCCGUGCCAAGUGACAAGUGUAAGUCUUGUAUCG